GACCCGAGGAGGACGAGGCGUAGAGUCGAAUACAAUGUAGGAGAUAUGUGGUCGUACGUUGGCAAUGCUAGGCGGCUACCGGUGCAAUGGACGUCCUGGCUAUCGCAUACUCGUCGGAUUCCUCCCACCCUGGACGAGCUUCAAGCUGAUCUAGAGCGGCAGCGGCGUAUUCUCAUGAAAGCAGCUCUGAUCGAAGUUUGCGACCGAGAAGAACAGGCACUGAUUGCU